UGUUAACACCGCCUAACAUUGACACAAAUAGGUCAUUCUGUUGACAGUCUGUAUUUUGGGUGGAAAUCCUCCCGUGUUUCCAAAUUAUUCGAGGACCUCUUGACUAUCAUUAUUUCUGUGUGGUGGGCCAAAUUCAUUAAUCAGUAUGGAUGACCAAGAGCGAGAACAGCAACGGCCCCAAAGUGACUUCGAUGAUGAGUUCGGCGAAGAUGGCCUCAAUUUCGACGACAUCGCGGAGGCCGAUAUGCUAGACUUCACCAGAGAAUGCAAGGACAGCCAAACUCUGUUGCUGAAGAACACAUGGUCUUUCCGAUGCUUGGCACAAGUGCAGUUAUCUCACAGUUCUCUUAUGAGGAAUAUAGCGUUUCUUUUUCCGCCAUUGGAGGAUCCUGGGAUUGAUGCGGUCUUUGAUUAUGCCGAACCGGAUCCAACAUAUGAUGAUAUUGGAGUAGAGAAGUACAUUAACCUUUGUAAAGAUCUCGAGAUAGUACCUAUCUCCAGGGUGACCAGAUCCCUCACGUCUCCAAUUUUGAACUUGAAGUUUUAUGGAUUGAGCGAGAAACAAAUACGAGCAAUAUCAGAGACCCUAAAGGGCAAUGCUUACAUUGAACAUUUGAUACUGCAAGACAACUGGCUGACGCCUGAAAUGACUGACAUGUUGAGCAGCAUGCUGCAAGAAAAUGGAGCAUUGCGGGUUUUGACUUUGAGAGAAUGCCGGAUUGGGCAAUCAGGUGCUGAAAAAUUGAACGAAGCACUUUCAAGCUCUCAGUUUUUGUCAGAACUAGAUUUGAGUUUCAACAGCCUAGGUGACAAAGGACUGAAACUAAUUCAAGUAGGUCUUUGCGAGACAACAUCCUUGAAGAAGUUAAAUAUUAGUCAUAAUGAACUGACUGAAGAGUCGGGCGAGACUUUGGAAAAAAUUCUCGUGGAAAACAAAACUAUAACAGACAUCGAUCUUUCUUGGAAUGGAUUCUACACUCUACCGGGCAACAAGAAAUUGUUCAAUGGUUUUAAAAAUAAUGACAGAAUAAAGUGGUUGAGUUUAGCCUGGAAUGGAAUCAGUACAAAAGGUGCUAUAUCUCCUCUAACCAAAUACUUGAGGACCGCUACAAGCUUAGAAUAUCUGGAUUUAGAUGCUAACAGGCUUUCUCAUGGUCCUUUGAAGAUGUUAGUGAAUGCUGUCAAUAAAAAUCACUCUUUGGUUACCUUAAGAAUCGGAAAUAAUCCAUAUCCUGCGGACGAAGGGCUGAUAUUGUUGAAAAUGUUGGCAUCUAAAGGUAGAGAUCCACUAACGUUCAUGGAUAUGGAGAAUACGUAUCUGCCUAAGAGUCUGUACAGGCGGGUUCACGCCGCCCUGCCCCCUCCUUGCGGACGCCAUUGGUCCAAGAAACACAACUGUAUUGAAUGUUUGCCCAGUGUUUCUAUAAGAUUGUAAGUUUUAGACAUUUUUUCUGGUAGAUACUGAAAAGGAUUGAGGACAUGGGAAAGUUUGUGAAAAUUGGUGGAAUCCUAGGAAACUACGUCAUCAAAGGACCCGAUUACACUAAGCUGUUAUUCGAUAGAAUUAGAUUCAUAUUACAGAAACCAAAGAAAAAGAAGGCCAAGAAAGAUUUCGCGCAUUUUGUCUUGGCGUUACCUGAAACUCCGAUUACAAAGGCAGAUUUCGAGACUCAACUGAAAAAGAAAAAAUUAAAGAAAAUUAUGAAAGAUAAAGACCUGGUGAAUGAACUAACAAACCAGUUUAUUGUAAAGAAAUCAAAGAUAGAUAGCCUGGAAAUGAUGAGGGUUUAUAAAGAGUAUUAUCCAGAUGCAUCACUGCCCCCGCCUAAGCCAAAGAAAGGCAAAAAAGGUAAAAAAGGAAAGAAGGACAAGAAAGGAGCUGCGGAACCUGACGAACAGCCAGCCGAGCAGAAUCUCGUAGGUGAAGAAGUCACGGUUCAAGAAAGCGAGUAUCAAACUCCUCAGCUAGAAGAUGGUGAAGUUCCUCCUCCGAGAGAAAUACAGCGUGCUUCAAAUCAUGGUGAACGUCACUUGGCGUUCCAGAUGGAAGAGAUAAAAACUAUAGAAAUUCCAGCAGAAGAUGAGAUGCCGCCAGAGGAUCAGGAAGUUCGACUCAACUUGCCGACUGAAAUAAUUGAGAUGCAGAUGGUUCCCGAAGGUGAUGAGAACGUCGCAGAACAAUGAGCUUAUAUAGUCAAGAAAAUCAUACUUAGGUUUAACUACUGAUCCAAGCCUGCGGUUCUCUGUCCAUACUCAAGCUUUAGUAAAUAAAACAUUCAUCUC